AUGCCGUCCCGUUCGCCGUCUCCAGCGCGCUCGCCAUCGCGCACGCGCAGCCCAUCUCGCGACAGGUCGCCUACCAGAUCACCCAGCCGCUCCCGCUCAGCACAAUCAGCCUCCCCGCGCCGCUCAGCCUCUCCACCGUCACCCACGCGCUCCCGCUCCCGCUCCCUCACCCGCUCCCGCUCGCCCCGGUCGCCGUCUCCCAGGCGCAAUGGGCGCCGCAGCUAUACGCCAGACAGCAGGUCGCGCUCACGAGGGAGGAGCUACACCCGCAGCCCGACCCCGAGAGACGGCUCGCCAGCGCCCAGGAGUGCAAAGAUUGUAGUCGAGGCCUUGACCAAGAACGUCAAAGAAGACCACAUACGCGAGAUAUUUGGAAAAUACGGUGUCAUCAAGGAUGUCCGCAUGCCCAUGAACCCGACUUUCAAUAUCAACCGCGGCAUAGCAUACGUCCUCUACGAAGAGGUUGACGACGCCGAGCGCGCCAUCGCCAAGAUGCACGACGCACAGUUGGACGGAGCCAAGAUUCAGGUCUCCAUCGUCCUGCCCCGGCGCCGCUUUUCGCAAACGCCUCCACCAGCGCGCAGAGGCCCACCCCCGCGCGAUAGGUUUCAGGACGACUUUGAUAGUGGAUAUGGGCGCGGUGGGCGGGGUCCGCGGGGAGGAGGACCGCCUGGCGCAUACAGACCACCGCCUAUGGACGGCCCGCCGCGUUACCGCUCUCCACCGCGCCGAAUGUCGCCAGAUCGAGGACAAUGGGGACGGGGCAGAGGCGGCCGUGGUGGACGGGGAGGCUGGGGAGGACGUCCGCGGUCAUACACACGUUCUCGGAGCCGCUCGCCGCGGAGGAGCAUUUCACGCUCUUCUUACAGCCGGUCACCGUCCAGAUCGCCUCCAAGACGAGGCUACGGCCGGAGAGACAGCCCGCCACGGCGAAGCGGCCCUAGCAGUGGAAGCGGUGGAGGCAGGGGAAGGAGAAGCCCCAGCUAUAGCUCCUACGGCAGUGACCGCAGCCCAAGUAGGGAGCGCAGAUGA